AUGGCCGAAGCGUCACCGGACUUCCUGGUCGAGAUCCACCAGGAUCUAGCUCGCAAGUGGAAGCUGCACGGCGCCAAGAUUGAAAAGAUAUGGCGGUCGAUGGACCAGAAGACCCGGCUGGAGGCAAUCAAGGCCGGUGCCGCUGACGGGGUGGUUCUCAAGAAUCCCUCCGACUCGUCGCUCGGCAAUGUCCACAAGUUCAUCCCAGAGUGGAACACACAAGAGGUCGCGGCUGCGGAGUCCGACUUCCUGCUCGACAUGCUGCGCUACAGAGCCACCAAGACCCUCGAGGACCAGUACCAUGCCGGCUUCAACGGCCGGCCGGGCGACUAUGAGCUCAUCGUGCACAGUAUGCAGAAAAAGAACCUCCGCCACAAGGAGCCCUUUGAGGACUGCUACACGUUCUUUAUGGACGGCGAGAGGUACGGCCACUCCUACAAGGUCAAGCUGGACAAAGAGGGCACCCUGAAGGCGUUCGGACCAGCGAUCAAAGCUGGGGUCUGCGUCCCGCAGGCCGUGGGCGAGCUGGUCCUCACCAGGCAGACGUACCUGCUUCAGUGCCUGAACAUCAUCAUUGGCGACAUCCUGGAUCUGGGCUCCAAGACGCGGAACACCAAGAAUGUCGCCAAGAGGACAUUAGACUCGGCAACCGAGUCUCUUGCAAAGAUGGGCAUUCAGAAUAGCACAAAGGCGGACCUGCCUGAUGUGAUAUCGACUGCCGCAGAUCAAAGCUCCGCUCUCGAAGCGCGCCUAGACUUGCUGCGGACAGAGCCGGUCGCUCUUGAGCAUGCGGUCAAUUGCGCAUUCUACACGCGGCCAGAGAUCGUGCCAGAUGAGAGAGGACGUAGCAUGCCAUCCCUACACGAUAAGUUCAUUAGCGGUGCUGUUCUUGAUGCCGUCCUUGGCGCAGUCAAGAAUGCCGCCACAUGGCGUUACGUGUCGCGGAUUCUGGACUUGUACUCGACAGAGACGGACAAGGCUCUCAAGGCCACUGUGGCACAAGAGCUUGCGAACAUCUGCAAUCAAGAGUACCUGAGGUGUCAGAAUGCUCUGAAGCGAGCCCUCGCGACGAGCUUGGGUACAAAGUGGUUCAAGCGCCUGAGCAAUGGCUCAGAUAAUGGCGUCGCCCGCCUAGCCAUCAAGGGGGAUCCAACCCUGCUGCUGCGCGAAGAUCCGCUUCUUCAUCACCUGCUUCGCCUUUGCCAGCCAGAUACUACUGCCACAAAGGCAAUUGACUGGAUCCAGCAGCUCGAUGGACUGCGCCAGUCACAUCCCAUGGACUGGGAGCGCCUCGUCAGCGUCGCCUACUAUGCUCUUGGGGAUCUGAUCACGAUCGUGUUGUUCACACAGUCCCUCGGCCAGGCCAUCUCUGUGCCAGCUUUCAGCCGUAAGAAAGGUCAGCAGUUUGUGGCAGAGUCGUCCAAGCUAGAGACGGAGAUGAACAAGAUCAAGCCAGAGCUUGACCUCACGGAGUUUGCCGCACCCUUGGAGAUGCUGCUCGAACCAGGGAUGGCCGAGCAGGCCCUCAAGAAGUUGGACGACUUCAUCGUGGACAAGUCAGGUGCGCAAAUAGGGUUCUUGUACGAGGACCUGAUAUCUGGCUGCGUUCAGAACUUGGAGGCGAUCAAAGAGAACUCGUCAAAGGGUUCCGGUGAUCAGAGAGACGCGUUCGUGCCGUUGCCAGCUGCCGACACGGCGACAACAGCACAGGCGCAGAUUCAGCAGAGGCGCGAGAAAGCCAAGACGCGGCCGACACAAUCGUCUACAUUGGCUAUCACGACGCCGGCCGAAGGAACGAAAGCAGCAGACAAGGAUAACAUCGAGACGACCGAACAAUCGGCAGAGCCGCGAGUCUCAGUAAAGGGCACGACGGCAAAGACGUUCGCCACUAUUUUUUCCAAGUCAGAGAAGCGCAGCCCCAUUACAUGGACCGCGUUUGAGGCGGCGAUGGGUGAUUGUGGGUUCGCGGUGGUGCCGAAGCAAGGCUCGAUCUACACAUUCGAGCUUCCGUCCACGAAUGUGGCAGAAAACGAUGCUGGCCUUGGCAAGAACGCCACUGCGGCAGGUGACAACAAGGGGACCGUCUCUCACAGCACGGGAUACAGCUCAAUCACCACCCACCGGCCACACCAGUCCAUCAUCGAAGGCUACGAUCUGCUGUAUCUGGCGAGCCGGCUCCGUAGGAGGUUUGGGUGGAGUGCCAGUACGUUUGAGGUGUCGUCGUAA